AUGGCUCAUCAAAAAGGAACGAUUUCGAGGAUCCCCGACUGCGACGCGUACUUUGAGACGAUCCAGUCGAGGAAAAGGCUACCACCCUCCUUACAGACAUCCCUGACAUCGGCAUUCGCCAACAUCCCGGUCUCGUCUUUUCCUGAGGUUCCUGGAGGAAGAGGUUACCGACCUUGCACUGUUCAUCAUCUACGAUUAUCUCAGUUCCAUAGCUUUCCAUUAUACCGAACUGGUGAUUCAUUCUUUUUCUACUCUUUGCGCCCGGGCAGUUAUCGAAAUCCCUGCAGACACCCUGAUCACGGAUGCGGUUCAAGUUCUCUCCAAGCACGGCAUCAGUGCGGCGCCUGUGACGAACCCUGAGUCAGGGGACAGCCUCGACUGGAGGCAAAAGUAUCUUGGGAUUCUUGAUUAUUCGGCCAUAGUCUUGUGGGUGCUGGAAAACGCCGAGCUCGCGGCCGUGGCUUUGACCGCGGGAUCCGCCGCCGCUGCUGGGGUCGGGGCGGGCGCCGUCGGUGCCCUCGGAGCCCUGGCUUUGGGCACGACUGGCCCCGUUGCGGUGGCGGGGUUGACCGUCGCCGCCGUCGGUGCUGCCGUCGCCGGCGGGAUGGUUGCAGACAGAGGCGUCGGAAGAGAUGCCCCCACUGCGGCUGAUCACAUGGGCGAGGACUUCUUCAAAGUCCUUGUUCAGGAGGAACCCUUCAGGUCAACGAAGGUAAGAACCCUGCUAUAUUGCCCCUCAUUAUUUGUACAUCGAGAAGACUUUCUUGAUGAAACUUCCUUCAUCAGGUUGAAUCAAUUAUUAAGACGUUUCGUUGGGCACCUUUCCUGCCGAUCCGCCCGGACAGCUCCAUGCUCACGGUGCUGCUGCUGCUGUCGAAGUACAGACUUCGGAAUGUCCCCGUUGUUGAGACGGGCAACCCCUCCGUGAAGAAUUUCAUCACCCAGUCUGCGAUCGUGAAGGGCCUGCAACAGUGCAAGGGGAGAGACUGGUUCGAUUGCAUCUCCUCAUGCCCGCUCUCGGAUUUUGGGCUUCCUUUCAUGUCCUAUGGCGAGGUGAGGAUCUGGGUUCAGUCGUCGCCUCCAUUUUUGGUGUUAUGUAAUCGAAAUGGAAAUCUCUGUUCAGGUGAUUUCUGUGAGCGGUGAUGAUCUGAUCCUAGAGGCCUUCAAGCUGAUGAAGGACAACAGGGUAGGGGGCCUUCCUGUCGUCGAGGGCCCCAGGAGGAAGAUCGUUGGAAGUGUGAGCAUCCACGACGUCAGAUUCCUGCUGCUCAGGCCCGAGCUCUUCUCCAGCUUUAGGUAGUAGAUCCAUGGCUUCUACCCUAUUUUCUAUAGAAAAAUGCUUUCUCAAUUGUAGCGGGUGAUGGAUUCUCCCUGCCCGUCUUACAGGAGGCUCACUGUGACGGAUUUCCUGAGGAGCACCGCUCCGGCGGAGUUCCCGGUGACCUGCUCUUCGGACGCGACACUGGGCAGUGUCAUAGAGGCGCUCGCCUCCCGAUCUGUCCACCGGGUCUACGUCGUCAAUGAGGGCGAGGACGGUGGCGAGGUAGUGGGGCUGGUCACCCUCAGAGACGUCAUCUCCUGCUUCAUCUUCGAGCCCCUCGAGCACUUUGACGACUCCUUCGGGCUCGCCAUGAAGGAGCUGCAGAGCCGCGGCGAGCUCCCCUCUCCCCCCUCCGCCGCCGACGCGCCGCCGCAACCGUAG